GACUUUGCGGGAGGGAUGGUAUUUGAACUUGGCCUCUGGGGACCGCUGGCUUGUGGAUGUGCUGUGAUUGGGCGAGCAGGUUUCAUCAGCUGCCAGAGCUUACUGCGUUAUGGAAGUAUCGGUGGGAAUAUCACUUUGUCGCCAUCAAGCACUGUAAACUUUACAGAGAUCAUAUGGAAAAAAGGAAAGGAUAAGGUGACAGAAUGGAGUACAAACCUGGAGGUCAAAACUUACUCCCAAUUUGGAGGGAGGGUUCAUUUAGACCCUAAGUCAGGUAACCUCACCAUCUUCAAUUUAACAUCAUCGGAUGAAGAUGAAUAUGAAAUGAAAUCCGUGGAUCUUACACAUAGCUCUAAAUUUCAUCUUACAGUCCUCGACCCUCUUCCGUCUCCGACACUAAACUGUACACUGGUGAAUGAGGUCAUCUACGUCAGUUGCGAGGUGCCUCAAAGUUACGGCCGGCAUCGGGAGCUGUUACGCUACAUGUGGCGUUGCCCGUCCCCACAGUGUAAGGGGAGCUGGGAGCUCGAGGCCCCUGUGCUAAAUUUUACGAAGGAGGACGAUCUCUCACAGGAAAUACAUUGUUUGGUUGAAAAUCCAGAAUCCAACAGGACGUCCUCAGUGGUUUUGUCAACCUGCGUCCCAGGUGGUAAUUCAAGGCAUAGAUAUGUACUCAUAGCGGUACCAUUCGUAGCAGCAGCCUGUGCAGUAGCUCCAGAUGAUGAAAUCAAAUCCUCAGUCACUAACUGAAAACAACUUAAAAUACCUCUGCAGUAUUAGAUAAUCUUCCAAAACCUUCCAGUUACCUUCACUGGUAACUUCAUCAGAGUGUUUUGGUGUGGGUUUGGUUUUGUUUUGUUUUUAAGAAAAAAACAAACCAAGGAGAUUACCCCUCCCAGUACUGUGUGACAGCUAGUCAUCUUACUGUCCCUGGUGCUGUGGCUACUUUUGUAAAUAAAUGUAAUUAUGUACAAAAACAACUAGGUGGCUUGGCUCUUUUUCUCCUAAGUUAAAAAAAUAAAGGGGCCAUGUACCAUGGGAGGCCACGGCUUUUUACUGACACCUGCACUCCCCUUCUCUGUUGCUUUAGAGCAGUGGUUCUCAACCUUCUGGUCCUUUAAAUAAAGUUCCUCAUGUGGUGGCCCAACCAUAAAAUUAUUUUCGUUGCUACUUCAUAACUGUACUGUUAUGAAUCGUAAUGUAAAUAUCUGAUAUGCAGGAUGGUCUUAGGCGACCCCUGUGAAAGGGUCGUUCUACCGCCAAAGGGGUCGUGACCCACAGGUUGAGAACCGCUGCUUUAGAGGAAAAAUAACUUAUUGCAGGAUCAGUAGUCGAGUGAAGGAGGAGAUGGACAAAGCCCUUUCGCUGGUGGGCUCCGUGGCUGUGGGUCACAGGGGUCAUGUUUCUCUUGCAAAGGCCACGUCCCCACCACCCAAAUGCGGGCGUGGGACCUGGUGGGGCAGUGAGGUUCGCGCCAUGAAGAUCUGUUACCCACGUAGUGUGCUGUGCUCGUUGUCACACAUUAAAAAGCAAACACACA